GGAUUUAUAGACCCAAGAGUACAUGUACUUCAUCAUUAAAUGUAAUGUGUUUUUUUAAUCUAAGUUUGUAAAUCUUGUCAUGUUUUGAUUGAUGACCCAAUUAUGUCGAUAUUCAGUUGGGUCCAAUAUCAAUUGUACAAAAUUGUACUGGACUAGGACAUGAAACAGUUUUGCUAACAAGCAAGAGCUGUUUUCAUAUUUCAAGCACCAUAUUUUUCCAGUGCAAUUGCAGAAUUUAAGACAAUAGUUUCAGGAUAUUGCCUAUGGUAUGGAGUACAAAUCAAUCUGGAUUUUUUUUUUUAAUCCCAUCCUUGUCAUCACCCGGAGGUGGGAAUGGAUGCUGCCGCACAUAGCAUUAAGUCAAAAUUAAUCACCCCUCUGUCUUGAUGACAUCACGGUGUGUUCCAGCGCUCGCGUGAGAGAGACCCAGAGAGCUCUGACCUGCCGUCACAGAGUUGUGAAUGAGUUGCGUGGAAUCAUCAACCCACUCACGGAGAGAGAGAGAGGAAGAGAGAUCCAUCUGGGGGGAAGGUGUGGCGUGCGUAAAUACGUUAAUGACAACCGGAGUGAACCACUGAUGGUUUUGAGAACUGGAAUUUGGCCAGAAUCAACGAGAUUGCGUACACAAAACCGAUCUUUCCGUCUGUGGCCUUUUUGUUGUUGUUGAUGCUUCCUCUGAGCACUGGAUGACAGUCAUUUGCAGACAUUAUGAUCGGGGGUCGGACCGUGUUUGACAGAUGUGCCCAUGGCUGCCAUAUUGUUUGACAAGAGAUCCAAAUUAAGAUGUGUGGGUGAUAUGGCUGUGUCCUCUUAUGACCAACUACUCGCACAAGUCAGCUCGCUCAAAGCAGAAAACUCACACCUCAAACAGGAAUUGAAGGACAACUCGUGCCAACUGACCAAACUGGAAACGGAAGCCUCAUGUAUGAAAGAUGCCCUCACCGAGAUCCAGACCAGCAUGCAAGAAGAGGAGGCUGCUGCUGCCACGGAAACUGCCAUGGCAACCAGCCUGGACCACAACUCCAAUAAUGGGUUCUCACCACUGACAUCACCACUAACGUCACCACUCUCCCCUAAUGCUGUAAGGAUCCACAAGCCCCACACUCCUCCCAGCAUGCAUUGCUCUUCCAGUAGUCCCGCCCCCGAGCCGUCUGGUAACUCCACACCCAUGAGACAGCUCCAGGAAAACACCACCAGGAUGCAAGAAUUGGAGCGAGAAAGGUAAGGCAAUUUUUGUCUCUCUUUUGUCCAAUUUUGUCAGUUGUAGAUGAUUUUCAAAAAAAUAGGAGGCACUUUGGGUCCUCCCAGAUGCUUCACAAUCUACCAAGAGUUUUUGGAAAUUUUGAGGGAUUUAAGGCCGGUCAUAUUCGCUGCAAAAGUGAACAUGAUUACCAAUUUUGUGAUGUCACAACAAGUUUUAGUGCUGCAAAUUUGCAAAGUUGGAACUCAUUUCAACUCUGGCAAAUUUGGCUGGAAAUGGUUCAUGACGUCAAAAUUCACUUCGCAUUUGCAAUGAUGUGAAUUAUGAACCAGCAUUUAGGAAGAUAUAUCUCAACCAGAAAUGCUCCAUCUAGGACAUGAUGCCAUUGAUCUCCUCGACAGGGGUUUGUUUUCAAGAUUUCAGGGUGAUUCCCAGUAAAGAAGGUUUUGGUGGUGAGGGUUGAAAACUUGAUAUCACUAAUAGGUAGAAAAGAAAGAGAGCUUGUGCAAGGCUGAGUUUGCUUCGCAGAUGAAAUUCUAUAAAUGUGUCCUAUUUGUUGAACUCUGCACAGUACGGUUACAUCUUCAUGACUUGAUAAUGCAGUAUUUACAUGUAGAAGGAAAUAUCCUACAAGGUCUCCCCAACAGAGGGCUCCCUGCUUGCUUGUUAGCAAUCGGACCUGACAUGAAGGGAAAUGAGAUGUGAAUAGCCCGGAGCAUAAUGCCAUCAGUCGAGACUUCCGCUUACGGCCUCAGUCACGUACUGAGUCGGUAGACCAGUUGAAACAUUACUUAUCAGGUUCUGUCUUGCUGUCUUUCUCUUUAAGAGCUUGGGGACUGUUGCAGGAUUCUCUUUUUAGACUUGUUUGUCCAUUUCAGAAACUGUAAAUAUUAUGUGGUGGUUGUAUGUUUGAUUGUGCCAUUGGGCUUAUUGAAGAUGGUUGAUGAUUUAUAACUUAACUUCCUGUCAAGAAUUUCGAGCUGAACAUCGUUGAAAAUUUUGCACUGGCUUUGACUUUUUACUAGUAUUCCCAUCAGUUAUCGGUUGCCGAUUGACUCUUCACCCUGAAGCCCCAGGUUACAUAAAAACUGAAAUGGAUGGCUAACUAGGUUAUUUUUAUAAUGUAAAUCUGAGACCAAACCUUUUGUGAGAUAUUUUGCCACAGAGAAAUUACCAUAAAAAUCUAAACAAUUG